UCUGUGUAUCAAAGUUCAAGAUGUCCUAAACCCAAACGUUUGAUUUGGCAGAGCGCAUCUUUGAGCGAUAUUUUUAACUCAUUGUACCAAGAGCUGCCCAGCCUGCUACUCUCAUGUCAGUAUUCAGAACUCUCUAGCGAAAGUGACGAGGGCGAUAGAAACCUCAAGUUUUAAUUUAAUUUUAAUCCUGCGUAACCUAUACGCGUGAAGAUUUAAGGUGUUAGUGAUUUUUAAGUGAACGUUUGCCGUACAAAACUGUCAGAUAGAGUUGUGAUAUCAUAGAAUGGCGCUGAUUGCGCAAUGAAUGUCGAAUGAGUGAUUGAAAUAAAUUGUGCAUAAGUGAUAGAAGAUUUAUAACGAUGUCGUGCUGCGAUUGCUGCAUCGGGGUUGCCCCGAUUCGACCUCCCAUCUCCCUAAAUGAUCAAUCAGAUUCUAUCAAAGGUCCUGAAAUGGUCCGUGUAUCAAAAUUCUACAAAGAAGCAAAGAAUGGUCGAUUUCUGCGAUAUCUACACGAGGACACACGCACACUUUAUGAAACAUUUCGUAGAGGUGUAAAAGAAUCAAAUAAUGGCAACUGUCUUGGUUGGCGUGAGGGACCAAAUAAGCCUUAUGUGUGGCAAACUUACAAUGAGACCCUGCUGCGAGCUAAAAACUUCGGUUCGGGCCUUAUAUGCCAAGGUCUUACCCCGGGCCAAGGCACCUUUGUGGGUAUAUAUGCCCAAAAUUGUCCAGAAUGGAUAAUGACCGAACAAGCUGCAUACUGUUAUUCAAUGGUUAUAGUACCUUUAUAUGAUACCUUAGGAGCUAACGCAUGUGCCUUCAUUAUUAAUCAAACGGAAAUGUCAGUAGUUGUAUGUGAAGACGACAAGAAAGCAAAUCUCCUACUCGACCAAUCACCGCGAUGCUUGCGUAAGCUGAUCACGAUAAAGGAAGUCUCACCGUCGACACUACAAAGGGCCAAAAGCCGUGGUGUAGAAAUCGUUAAGUUCAGCGAUGUUGAGAUUCAGGGAGCUCAAAAAGAUCAUCCUUGUAUGCCACCGCAACCAGACAAUCUUUGCACAAUAUGCUAUACGUCAGGUACAACAGGUAUGCCAAAGGGUGUUAUGCUGACGCAUGAGAACGUAGUUGCUUCUAUGUGCAGCGUAACCAUGCAACUCGGAGAACAUCGUCCUACAAAACACGAUGUGAUGAUAUCUUUCCUACCACUCGCACAUAUGCUUGAGCGGUGUUGUGAGAAUGCUCUCUAUAUGGUAGGAGGAGCCGUCGGAUUUUACAAUGGCGAUAUCAGAAGACUAGGUGAUGAUCUGAGUGCCCUUAAACCAACAAUGAUGCCAGCUGUACCCAGGCUUCUUAACAGAUUAUAUGAUAAGGCUCAAAAUGAAAUAUCAAAUUCAAAGAUCAAGAAAUUGCUAUUUAACAUGGCAUUAUCUGCAAAAGAAUCUGAAUUAAAGAGGGGUAUAGUCCGCGCGGACUCGAUGUGGGACAAGCUGGUGUUCCGCAAGGUGCGCGAGGGCAUGGGCGGGCGCCUGCGCAUCGUGGUGGUCGGCUCGGCGCCGCUCGCCGGCAACGUGCUCACCUUCGCGCGCUGCGCUCUCGGCUGUCUGAUCGUAGAAGGCUACGGGCAGACGGAGUGCACUGCGCCGGUGACUCUUACUGUUCAGGGCGACCAUGUUCCUGAACACGUUGGGCCUCCCGUUGCUUGUUGUAAAGUGAAGCUAGUGGACGUCCCCGAGAUGGAGUACUACGCGGCGCAGGGACAGGGCGAGGUGUGCGUGCAGGGCGCCAACGUGUUCAAGGGCUACUUCAAGGAGCCCGAGAAGACGCGCCAGGUCAUCGACCAGGACGGCUGGCACCACACCGGCGACGUAGGGAAGUGGCUACCUAACGGCACAUUAAAAAUAAUUGACAGAAGAAAACACAUUUUCAAGCUGUCGCAAGGCGAAUACAUAGUUCCUGAAAAAAUAGAAAACAUUUAUAUUAGAAGUCAGUACGUUGAACAAGUUUUCGUCCACGGUGAAUCAUUAAAGUCAUGCGUGGUCGCGAUCAUCGUGCCUGACGUGGACGUGGUCAAGUGUUGGGCGCUCGAGAACGGGAUCAAGGGCACGUUCUCGCAGCUCUGCGAAGAUGAAAGAGUCAAGAAAAUGAUACUCGAAGAUAUGCUGCAGUGGGGACGGAAUGCGGGACUGAAGACUUUCGAACAGGUAAAAGACAUAUACCUACAUCCCGAUCCGUUCUCCGUGCAGAACGGUCUUCUAACUCCGACGAUGAAGGCGAAGCGACCGGAAAUCAGAAACUACUUCAAACCACAAAUCGACGACAUGUACCAUAAACUUGAAUAACAAUAACUUAUACAAAAAUCUUAAUUUAAACGAUAAAAUUUCAAAGAUAAACGAUCCAAAAGUGAUAAUAAUCUCGUAGUGUUUGAGUUUAAACAAAAAAAGCCGCUUUGAAGAUUUUUAAGAUUCGUGAAAAACUUUUGAACCCUAGGGUUUUGUUUUAUCAUAUUUACAUUGCUAUUAGAUACGGGAAAAUUCUUAAAUAAAUUCGAGAACAUCUGAGUGAUGAUUGUGUAAUUAUUUACAAAGAAUAACUAUGAUAACAUUAGUCGAAAGUAUUUCUUUAAGUAACUACGUUAAGCUAGUAAUGUCUAAGUCACUUUUCUAUAAAAGCUUACGAUGCUUAAAAUGUUAAUAAAGUACAGUCCCGCCAAAAUUGUUUUCUUUGAUAAAAGUAUAAAAUUCUAUUAUAAUAUAAAGUAAUUGUAAGUCUAUAAACAAAUUUUCAUUAGUAACACGAUCUAUGUAACUAUAGGCAGUAGACCUUUCUGUAAUAUUUUUACAAUGGCAAUAAUUAAAGAAACAAAGGUUUCUUAUACAUACAGUCAAUUAUUCAAUUUUUAAACAAUUAUUAUUAGGUCGUGUUAUAAUAAUCUGACUUUAAAUACAAAUAUUAUGAAUUAUUUCAAUUAUGUAUAGAUUACUUUGAGUUAUUUAUGUAUUACUAAAAUUUAGCUUGACGUUAAUGGAAAUAAGUUAAAACAUUUUUAUUUAAAAAAAAAAGAUGUUCGGCGACCUUUUAAGAAAUAAAAUACUCAAAAGCUUGUUAUCAUUUAGAGUGGUAAGAUAAUUUCAUUAUAUUAAAUUGUAAACUAUAACUUUAUGAAUUAGUAACGUGAGUGAAAGGCUAUUUUAGUAAAAGAGUUUUAACGCUAUAGCUAAGUUUCUUUAGGUCAAUGAAGUAGUUAAAUUUUAUUAGAAAAUAAUAACAUCUUAAACAAAUUAUUAUAGAACAUUAAAGCAAUACUGUUAAAGAUAUGUUUUAUUAAUAAGUUAUAAUAUACGAGUUUUGUUAUUGUUACGAGUAUAAACCUCAUAGUUAUAAUGCAAGAACUGAAAGUUGAGAGCAGUCUCUGAAGGUCGCCAGCAUAUAUAUCUACUUAAUUUUCUCCACAAAGAAAUUCCUUUGUUAGAAUCAAGCAAUAAAGCUAUUCAUAUUAACCUAGCAUGAUCCUAAAACGCCCUUUUGUUAAGAACAAGAGGGGUUUUUAAAUGCUCUCUAUACUACGCUACCUUGGCUUUGAAAAUUAUACUGUCUCAGAGUUUGAUUGCAUUCUAUUAGUAAUUUAGUUUUUAUAAGCGAGUACUUUAGUGACUCAACAUGUCUAGAACACCGAAUCUGUCUAUUUAAUUAUAUGUUUUGGGCAAGUAGUGUCUCCAGCCAGUAAUAAAAAUUUUAAGCACUAAAAGUUACUUUCUACUCGACUAAAUGACUAGCCCAAUGCAAACAAGUCUUUAUAAUUAAACGGUAACACCAUCUACGUAUACAAGUAAUUUUGCUAAGCAAUAUAGCAAACGUUUUUGCUAUCACCUUACAAAAUUUUUAUACUUUAAUUCAAUUAAGUAAAUUUUUAGAUAAUUUUUUUUCUUUGUGUGUAUCGUGUUAGGUUGUAUGUUAGAGAACGAAUCUCUUCUAUGGGUUGUGUGAUUGAAAUAAGGUUUUCACAACACAUGGCGUGAUAAGUCUACUGUCCACUGAAAUAUGGCUACACUAAGAGCUGGAAUUUUUAAUCUUUCAUAAAUAAAGUAAAUUACAUUAUAGUAAGUUAACUACUGUCAGUGGAGAGUACGCUUAGUUAUAAUGUAGGUAACGAUCGCACCGUGUAGAUAAUUUUGUAUUCUGUAUUAUUACUAAGGUAUAUGCUUUGAGCAAACGUUGCGGUUUCAUAUUGUUCAAACCAAAAUUUUGUUGUUAUUGGUGCAAGUUGUACUACGAUACAUAAUUUAUUUUUAAAUAAAACUUGUAAAA